UUUUCUUACCAGAUGUCACACUACAACAUCCUUGGUGCAGAUAUCAAUGACGAUGGACGCUUGCCUUCAAUCUAUGUCACUUCCGACCUACAGGGCACUUCCAUGAUCGAUAUUAAUCCCACAAACGUUAUUGGGGACAACGAAUCAUCCUAUCCUAUUGGUCACCCGCGAUUUCUCGGGGUGGGCUGCUCGCAGUAUGAUUCCUCAGGCCCCUCAAGUCCACGUUCAUCAUACAGCGAAUGUGGAGAGAAUGCAGACUGGGAAAAUCCAUGCCUUAGCCCUCCUUUCAACGAGUUUUAUCCCCGUUUAUCAGACUCAAGUCAUCUGGUUUUCGACACCUCUGGAAAUGGAACAUUGUACCCUAGCAACAAUA